UUGAGACUCCAGGGAACCACAGUGGCUAAACCAGCAAAACUCCGAAAAAUUAGAGAUUAUCCUUCUUCUGUACUACACUCUGCUCUUGCAGCUUCGGAAAACAAUAUAUUCGUUCAAGGAGCGGUGAACGAGAUGAAGGAAGUGGAAGCAGUUCUAGGUGAAGAACUUACAAGACACUUCUCACUACAGGUCGACCUUCGCGUUUAUGAAGAUAUGCUUGUGAAGCUGGAAAAAGGUGGUGAACACAGAAUGUCUUCCAUCGGUAGGGUAUCAUUGAAAAGUCCGGUGAUGGUGAUGAUCAACUUCGCGGACAACCCCACUGCUAUCAAAUGGGCGAAGCUAGCUAUUCAGAAGUCCCACCUUAGCGUUACUCCACAACAAGAAGGAGUUGUUCUAUACGUACCCGUUCCAAGAAUGACUAGAGAAAGACGAGAGCAACUUGCUCACGAAGCAAAAGGGAAGAUACUGAACGAUUACAAGCGGGCGCUAAAUGAUAUUUACACACAAUUCGAGAAGAAGUCAAAUCAAUCGAUAACGAACCAAGACGAGCUACGUCAUACACGUCAGUUGCUUCUCGAUCUCAAGCACGCCAUGGAAAAACGAGGCGUAGAACUCAUUGAUACGAAACGAAAAGAGCUGUUGACCGAGAUAGUGUAA